AUGAACAUCCUCAACAAGACUCAAGUAACUGUGUUCGAGUUUUCUGGUCUGUCUAAUAAUAAAGCAGUUGCCCCGUUCCUUUUUGUAUUGUUUUUCCUGGUUUACAUGGUCACCAUAUGUGGAAACAUUGGGAUGAUGGCCAUAGUUCAUAUCUCUCCCAGCCUCCACACUCCGAUGUACUACUUCUUGAGCUAUCUCUCCAUGGUGGACCUCUUCUACUCUUCAGUCAUUGCCCCUAAAAUGCUGUCCGACCUUCUUUUAGAGAAGAAAUUGAUAUCAUUCCUCGGUUGCGCCCUUCAGUUCUUUUUUUUUGCUGCCCUUGCAAGUUCUGAGGUCUUUGUCCUCUCGGACAUGUCAUACGACCGAUACGUCGCUAUCUGCCACCCUCUUCACUACAUCUCAAUAAUGACUAAGAAGAAAUGUCUCGGUCUUGUCAUCCUCUCGUUCUCAGUUGGUUUCAUACAGUCGUCAGCACAGACCAGCAGUCUGUUCAGUCUUGAGUACUGUGAAUCCAACCUCAUAGACCAUUUCUACUGCGACAUCCCUCCACUGGUCAGGUUGUCCUGUUCAGAAACCCGCACCUGCAACAUCGUCACCCUUUUCUUUGUGUGUUUUUGUAGUCUUAGUUCAAUGACAAUCAUCCUGGUCUCCUACGCCCUCAUCAUUUCUUCCAUCUUACGGAUAAACUCAGCGGCUGGCCGGAGGAAAGCGUUUAGCACUUGCUCCUCCCAUCUCAUGUGUGCUUCCAUCUUCUAUGUUACAGUUUUCUUCACUUAUCUUCAUCCAUCCUCCAGUACCCUCGGGAAGCAAGACAAAGUGUCUUCUGUAUUCUACACAGUGGUAACCCCAAUGCUGAAUCCUCUUAUCUACAGCCUGAGGAACCAAGAGGUGAAAAAGGUCAUCAUAAGCCUGGUGCAGAAGAGUGCCAAUAAAAAUAUAUGA